AUGCCUGACUUCAAGAUCUCCGCCCUCCUGGAAGGCCACAGCGAUGAUGUUCGAGCUGUGGCCUUUCCAACUACGUCUACGGUCCUAACAUCGUCUCGAGAUGCAACUGUUCGUAUGUGGACCGUGGUAUCUUCCCCGCCUCCGAAGUUCGAUGAUAAGAUUACCGUUCAUGGGUCAGCGUUUAUAAAUUCCCUAGCUUACUGCCCACCAACGGGAGACUAUCCGGAGGGACUGAUAUUCAGUGCCGGACAAGAUACGAUAAUAGAAGCAAGGCAGCCCGGGAAAGCUGCGGAUGACAAUGCUGAGCGUUUGCUGCUCGGCCAUACUGGCAACGUAUGUGCUCUAGCAGUCUCGCCGGACCGCAAGUGGCUAGCCAGUGGAAGCUGGGACUCUACUGGUCGUCUCUGGGAGAUCGGAAAAUGGAGCAAGGAAGUGGUUCUGGAUGGCCAUGGAGGUAGCGUUUGGGCUGUCCUUGCUUACGACAAGGAUACAGUUGUUACGGGAUGUGCUGAUAAGCUGAUACGUGUGUUUAAUACCUCGGGGAAGCUGCUGAACACUUUCCGAGGCUGCGGAGACGUUGUUCGAGCACUCUGCAAGGUCCCAGAUGGACAUGGUUCCGGUGCCCAGAUAGCGUCUGCAGGAAAUGAUGGUAUCAUUCGGCUGUGGACUAUCCAAGGGAAGCAGGUUGGCCAACUACACGGACACGAAAGCUUCAUAUACUCCCUCGAUGCCUUACCAUCUGGCGAGCUUGUAAGCUCCGGAGAAGACCGGACUGUAAGGAUAUGGAAUGCCACCGGCUGCGUUCAAACAAUUACACAUCCGGCGAUAUCAGUUUGGAGCGUUGCUGCAUGCGCUGAAUCUGGUGAUAUUAUCUCGGGAGCCAGUGAUAGGAUAGCUCGAGUCUUCAGUCGAGACAAGGGCCGGCAAGCUGAUGAAGCUACCACUCAGAUUUUCGAGAAUGCCGUCAAAGAAUCCUCCAUUCCCCAAGAGCAGGUCGGAAAGGUCAACAAGGAGAAACUCCCUGGCCCAGAAUUCCUUAAACAAAGAUCUGGAACAAAGGAUGGCCAAGUACAGAUGAUCCGCGAAGAUGAUGGAAGUGUCACUGCUCAUACGUGGUCGUCUGCCUCUUCUCAAUGGGUCCCUGUUGGCACAGUAGUGGACUCUGUUGGAAGCAGUGGGAAGAAAGUCGAGUAUAUGGGUCAGGAUUACGAUUAUGUCUUCGAUGUUGACAUCGAAGAUGGGAAACCACCCCUUAAACUCCCAUAUAAUCUAUCUCAAAACCCCUAUGACGUGGCGAAGAAAUUCAUCGCAAACAACGAACUUCCGAUAUCAUACCUAGAACAGGUUGCGAACUUUAUCACAACCAAUACUAAAGGAGCUGUGGUAGGUCCGUCACAAACCAACGAGCCCACAUAUCAACAACCGUCUAUUCCGGAUUCUCGACCAAAAGUGCUACCUCAGGCCUCCUAUCUCUCUAUAAAAUCGGCGAACCUGAAAGCUAUACAGAAAAAGAUAUCUGAGCUCAACGCUCAAUUGGUAUCUUCUGGUUCUAAGGAUUUGUCCCUUUCUCCCUCAGAAAUGGAAGCUAUAACUGCUCUUUGUUCCCAACUUGAGCAGCCUUCCACUUUAUCCAAAUCACCAGUUGUCGAAGCCACGCUCCCCUUACUUGUCAAGAUGUCAACAAGCUGGCCAGCUGCAAAUCGGCUUCCAGGCCUUGAUCUUCUCCGGCUUCUAGCUGCGGCGUCUCCCGUAGCAGCGACCUGGGAUCAAGGUGAAGGGAACCUAGUAUCCGUGAUAAUAUCAAGUGGUGUAUUUGAUGCUCCCCUCAGCCCCAAUAACACCAUGUUGGCCAUCCGGAUGCUAGCAAACUUCUUCGAAACGGAAGCCGGCCGCGCACUAGUCGCUGGCUGCUUCGAAGAAGUUACAAGCAAAAUUGGCUCUGUCAUGUCAGACUCCGUUGCGGCUGGAAACCGCAAUGUAACCAUUGCUGCAGCAACAUUAUACAUUAACCUUGCUGUUUAUUUCACAUCAAAAGAAAAGGUUGACUCACCAGAGGCAUCCGAGCAUGGUCUUGUGCUUAUCGACCAACUUACCAAAGUCCUCUGCAACGAGAAGGAUUCUGAAGCCGUAUAUCGAGGACUAGUCGCCCUCGGAACAUUAGUUGUUGGCCUUGACCAUGAAAUCAAGGCAGCAGCAAAGGAGAUUUACGAGCUCGAUCGGACGCUGACACGGGUUUUAGAUGCCGGGUUCGGGCGGGAGCCAAGAGUUAAAAGUGUCAUAAGCGAAAUUAGAGAUACAGUUAACUAG